GUAGUAUUGGAGAACCAUCCUAUGAAGGAAUGCGUAGUAUGGCUCUUGCUUCUGAGAUGGCGAUGGGCGAGAACUCCACCACGUCAGGGGAAGGCGGGAGCGGCAACGACCUGGCCAGCUUAUCGAUCAUGGUGCAGCUAGUCCUGCUAAUUAUGACUUUCAUCAUAGGCCACAUACUUCGGAGACGGCAGAUCUUGGUCAUUUCUGAAGCAGCGGCGGCAUUGCUUUUGGGUGUGUUGGUGGGCUUUACUGUCACGUUGCAUGAAAAUGCAGGUGGGUUCAGAGAUUGGAUAGAUUUCAACAACGAGUUCUUUUUCUAUUUCCUUCUGCCUCCUAUUAUAUUUGAGUCGGGAUGGAGCCUUAGACCAAAGCGCUUUUUUGCCAAUUUCGGUGGCAUCCUGAUGUUUGCCAUUAUCGGGACCGCCAUUUCAGCCUUUGUGAUUGCUAUACUUAUGUAUUUCGCAGGACAGUCCGGCCAUGGAAUUGCGUCCUUGCCCUUUCUGGAGUGUCUUGUGUUCGGAUCCCUGAUAUCGGCAACGGACCCUGUCACGGUCCUGGCCAUAUUCCAGGAAUUGGGUGCGGAUCCGGACCUAUAUGCUCUUGUAUUUGGAGAAUCGGUGCUGAACGAUGCGGUGGCUAUCGUUCUGUACAGGACGGUCAAGGAGUUCUUGGAUACCCCUGUUAGUGACAGGAGGGUGUUAUCAGCAAUCUGGUUCUUUUGCGUGAUUUUGAUGGGGUCUUUUGCGAUAGGGGUUAUUGUAAGCUUGGUGAGUGCUUUGAUUUUAAAGUAUGGGGGGUUUAAACAAGCCAAUCUGGGGGUUUUAGAGGCCUGCAUUGUGUCGCUUUUCCCUUACGUCGCCUACAUGAUGGCGGACGCGGCCAAGUUAUCAGGUAUCGUGGCGAUUCUCUUCGCGGGGAUUACCAUGCGGCAUUACACGAACCCGAACCUGUCGAAAGAGGGGCAGAAGAUCACAACAACAUUCUUUGCCAUGAUGGCCAAGCUCGCAGAGACGUUCAUCUUCAUCUACAUGGGCUUGGCGGUCUUCGUGGAAUCCCACACCUGGUCCAGCUACAAAUUCGCGCUCUGCAGCAUUGCCGUCACUCUCCUCGCGCGGGUCUUCAACAUCUACCCUUUGUCGUCUAUCGUCAACCUCUUCCGGGAAAAGAGUCAGCGGAUCCCUAUGACCCAUCAGCAUGCCUUGUGGUUUAGCGGCCUCCGAGGCGCCCUCGCCUUCGCACUCUCGGUGCAGUCGAUCACCGACCUGGCGGACGGACAUGGAAAGGUUCUGAAUACAGCGACGCUGAUCAUGGUGCUCUUCACAGUGGUGUUUAUCGGCGGAGGAACGCCAGCAACGCUCAAGGUUUUGAAAAUACAAUGCGGAAUUCCCCAUCACGAAAGGGAAGAAUUGGCCACGGAGACCGAGAACGGGGGUGGUGGUGGUGGUCCUCCUCAUCCUGGUGGCGGACCUGAGGGACCUGGCGGUGGUGGUCCUGGUGGUCAUCCUCGGUCGUCGCUGAAUUGGCGGCGGACAUCGGGGGUUUCGGAGGACGGCGGGGGUGUUUUUGAGAAGCAGGAUGAAGCGGAGGACAUUUUCCAUAAAAAGCCAUUUGAGAGACAGCGAGUGAACAUGAAGAAGAGGAUGAGGAAGCUCAAGUCCGAGGCACGGAAGCUGAAGAAAGAUGCAAGCUUCACUAGUCUGGACAAGAAAUACCUGAAACCUUUCUUCAUCAGUUCACAGCGGCCUCUUUUAGGACCACAUUCAGGACCGGAAGCCCAAAACCAUCAAGAUAGCAUACAUGCGAGUGUGGGGUCAGGGCAAGGGCAUUCCCGCAAGGGGGAGGGUAAUCAGGGACCAAUUACAGAUUGGAUCCUGGAGGGGUUGGGAUGCCCAGGACCUAAUCUGGGUGGCCGAGAUGGCGCACAAGAUUCGCCUAAGGGGCCAGAGACAGAACUCAGCCUACCUUCAGGUCUGACUCAACACAAGAAGAUUGUGGGAGGGAUUCCACAGACGGCUGAACCGGAGCACACUCAUCUCGACAAGCUGCGGGGAGGAGAAGAUGUCGUGUUAACGGUGGGAGAAAGAGGAGAAGGAGGGGGUAGCAGUAGGGUUAAGAAAGGCGACUUCGGCGGCAGUACGGCUAAGUGAGGGGAACAAAGUCGGCAAUGACGACAACCCGAGAAACUAUGGACCAGUUGAUCUUCAGCAUUGAUGUUCCAGGAACUGCAAGAGGAGAACGUAACGAGGGCAUUGAGGGGUAUUUUAGCAAAUUGAGGCGAGACCUGAGGGGUUGCGAAGAGAGAAAAGACCGUUUUCGUGUUACAUGAGCACGAAAGCCUCCUCCACAGACGGUCACCGAAAGAAAAGGAAAAAAAGGUGAGAACGCUCCCGAAUCACCUUUAAGUUUUUAGUUUGAAGUAGGGGCAAGAAAAGACGAAGUGGCGCUGAUGUCAUUGUUAUAGUUUCAAAAUGUGACAUGGCAAAAAAACAAAAAAAAGGCCGCCGCUAGCAGGGGGUUUGAAACUGCGGCCCUUUUUGUUUUAAGUUGCGUGAAUGCAGAUUAUUUGUUUUUUAGCGACCGCUUUUUUUUUUUUUUGGCCCUGCUUCGAGAACUGCUGAAGUUGCCUAUUAGAAAAGGCGCUCGGUGUGACCCAGGAGGAGCCGUUGCCCCCCCUCAAAAAAAAAAGAAGGAUUCAAAGGAUCAAAUCUGCCUAAAUUUCAACCACCAGUACUUGGGCGACGCCCUAGCGUUAACGCUACGCGAUUUCCGCGGCCGGCGGGCCAUCGAUAAAUCAAAUCGACAGCCUGUGCUGCUUCGAGAUUUGGGCGGCCGGCGCGGCAUUGUGUCCAAGUACUGGCAGUACACCACAAAUCGCCCCGCGGGUGUCAGCAAGCACUGCCAGCACAAAACCCACACCACUUAGGAGGCCGCCCAUUUGUUUUUUGAACAGCGGCGCCUCCGAGUUUUGCUUGUGGCGACAAAAACUUUCUGCAAGGCUGGGGCCGUGUACUUGCGGCUUAAGCCCCUGCUAGCGGGGGUCUUAAACUGCGCCAGUACACCACAUAUCCACCCGCGGGUGUCGGCAUGAAACCCGCACCACUUCGGAGGCCGCCCAUGUUUUUUCCAACGGCGGGCCUGGCCACGCGGCUUUUGAGUUUUGCUUGUGGCAACAAAAACUUUCUGCAAGGAUGGGCCAAUGUACUAGCGGUUUAAAACCACAAGUACACAGCCCCAGCCUUGCAGUCCGAAACUUGUCGCCACAAGAACGCUGGGCCCACCGUUGAUAAACUCGAUUGGAGGUCACGUAUUUGUUUCACGGCUCCAGAAUUUGAGGUGUCAGGCCCGCGGCCCAGUUGCUUAUGUACUGGUGCUUUACGUCUGUUCAGCUCUUUUUCUCAUUUUGUGAGAGAUAGAGCAGAAAUGAAGCUGUCCGCCCUGCCAAAGUGCUCAGUGGCCUGCCGAAGGCCAACCGACGGGCCCGGUCGUCCCCAGUCGCCCUGCACAACUAACGCCCGGGAUCUGAUACCCUGGGGCUGCUGAGCCUGUCCGCAUCCAGCAUGUCUGAGAGCAGUGACAGCAGUGACAGGUGCAUGUGGCAUUGUGCCAUAUGCCGUAUGUUGUUUGGUGACAUCAAGGGUUCAUCACAGGGUAAGCGCCAGGAUUGAACGCAUGAUAGAAGGAAUGUGGAGGAUAGCAGCACUGGCAUGUGAUUGGAGAUCAAGGCGUCAAUAAGCGGGGUCUGCAACAUGAAGCUGAUCAUUGGGCCUCGCUCCACUACUGUCCACUGUACAAAAAUAAACAGUCGGAGGCAGCUCCGGUUAGUGUCCACUGUCCAUGCGAAAAACUGCUUGGACAGUAACUGUUGUGAAAAAAUCAGAUGACAUUUGACAGUCUACUGUCCCCGAUUGUAUAAUUCCCAGCCUGCAAAAUUGGUUCUGUGGAGAGUCCGUCAAAGAACGCACGAUGCCGACCCAAACUUGGACAGUGUACGUGAAGUUUGGGCAGACAAAAUGCUUUCGAUGCCGUCUUGUACUGAAGUCGCGGUAGAAGUGCAGCUGUAUAGUGGACAGUGGACAGUGGACAGUAAAUGAAGCGAUGCCCCGUUC